UAACGAGUGACUGACGAGUGACUGACGAACGAGUUAACCAAAUGAUAUAGUCACCCCGCCAGCUGAUCUCCUACCGCUCUAACCGCCGACCGCCCCCGCCGCUGAUCACGAUGAGCGGCGGGGGCGAGGUGGUGCCGCGACUCAGCUUUGAGGAGAUGCGGGGGGAGAUGAGCAAGUACGGCGUGGAGAUAACGCAGGGGACGCUGAAGAACCCCACGACGGAGGACAUGCAGGGGGUCUACAGCAUGUGCAUAAAGCACAUCCUUAACAAGGACAUUAACAACAUACGGAUUGAGGAGUUCACGGGGGACUUGAAAAGCUCCAUGCCGUCCAUCGAUGGUAUACAGAUUUUGCCCAACGAAGGGAAGAACCACCUGCAAGCCAUCGGAAAUCUGCGGUUUAUACGGCACUGCGAACAAGUGAAUAAAAUCCUGUGCGUAGAAAACACCCUGAGUUAUCUUUUCAAGCCAGUGAGCAGCCACAUGGCCAGACUAAUAAGCGCAUUUGUGCACUUCACCAAGUAUAAGGAACAAAUUUACGUAGACAAUGAUAUGAAGAUAAGGAGGAUCGAGGAGGGGAAAAGUGAAGACUCAGCAUUGGGCGCUGAGUUGAAAGCGGUGAAAAACGAACUGCAGUCUCUCCAGGAAAACUACGAGCAAGUAAAAAACAGCGUUUUGAGUGAAAAAAAUAAAAAAAGGGAUUAUGAAGAAGAAAUUAUAGAAAACCAAAAUAUGCUAAACGCACAGCAGAGCACUAUCAUUUCGUUGAGGGCAGCAAAGGACAAAAUUGUGAAUGAGACGAAUGAAAUUAUCUUCCAGUUUUCGCGAUUCAGGCAAAAGAAAGAAGAUUUGGAAGACCAAAUUGUCCCUUCACCGGAAAAACUACAAGAAUACAAUCAAGAGUUGAAGAAUCUCCUACUGGAACAUGUAUCCUACUUUGAAAAGGAUAAAAAAAAAAAUGAAGAAAUUAAAAAUAAAAUAAAUAUCUCCGAUUUGUGUUUGAAGAAACUAGUAGACCUCGUGACCAUCCUCACUGGUCAUUUUAAUGAGACUAUUAAACUGCACAUAGGAAAGAAGGAAGAGCUAAAGGGGCUGGAAAAACAUUUAAAGAAUUUGAAAUCAGAAAAGGAGCAUCUCACCAUGAAGAGGAAGCAGCAGGAAAAGAUCCUCCUCGAAACGGAGCAGUACUUUGCUCAACAGAAGGACAAGUGGAAUGCAAAAGUGCAGGCAGAGGAGAAGAACGUCGCCGUUGUGGAGGAGAAGGCCAGCCAACUGUAUGGACAGAUGGAUGAGCUGAAGAGGCAGGCGGACCGGGAGGCGCGAGAAAUAGACUCCAUCGUGAAGCUCAUUCAGGAGACGCUGAAUAACUACCGGCGCAACUUCGCCCUCAUCGACGACUUGACCGCGCGCACGCGCAGCUCGCACGCGUUGCUCGCGGCCCAGGUGCGCGGUCAGGCGGCCGGGCGGAUUGGCUGA